AUGGAUAUUAGAAAAAUAGAAAAAGAAAGGGACAAAGCAGCAAGACAAGCAAAACGAUUAGAUGAAAAGACAAGAAACACUGAAAAAGAAAAGGAUAAAAUAGCUAGGCAAGCAAAACGAUUAGACGUGGAUAUUAGAAACAUUGAAAAAGAAAGGGACAAAGCAGCAAGACAAGCAAAACGAUUAGAUGAAAAGACAAGAAACACUGAAAAAGAAAAGGAUAAAAUAGCUAGGCAAGCAAAACGAUUAGACAUGGAUAUUAGAAACAUUGAAAAAGAAAGGGACAAAGCAGCAAGACAAGCAAAAAGAUUAGAUGAAAAGACAAGAAACACUGAAAAAGAAAAGGACAAAACAGCAAAACAAAGAAAAAGGCAUAACCCAAUAUUUAGACUGUAUCAGAAAGAAAAAGAGAGAACUGCUAAGCAAAAAGAAAGGAAGAAUAUAGAUGUUAUGAAGAAUGAACGUGAAAGAGAUGUCAAAAGAAAAAGGAAGAGUAGGGAAGAUUCUGCAUUUCUUGAAGUAGAACGCAUUCGAAAAUCUAUGAAAAGAAAUAAUGUGCAUUAUCGUGCGAAAGAACAAUUCAGAGGAAAGAGUGCUAAAGCCCAAAAAAGGAGAGAUCCACAUUUCUGCAGGAAAGAAAAUAUUGCCAGAAAACAAAGAAAGUAUGGCUCAACACUGUCAGAAUCAAUAUCAGUAUUUAAUAAAAGAACAGAGGAAGGGCCAUUAUAUGUAUGCACUUGCUGCCAACAGACCUGGUUUUCUCAUUCAGUUGUUGAUAGCAGCUUUCUUAAACAAAAUUUACCACCUGAAGAUGUUGCAAAAUUCCUCAGCAAAUAUAUAUCAGUUGAUGGAAAAGAAUGGAUUUGCUUAACAUGUAAGAAAUCGAUACAAGAUGGGAAAAUGCCAAAGUUGUCAGUAGCAAACCAUGUUCAAUUUCCUUCCAAACCAGAAGAACUCCAACUUCAUCAGUUAGAAGAACGCCUGAUAGCUUUACGAAUUCCAUUCAUGCAGAUAAGAGAGUUGCCUAGAGGAAGACAAUUAUCUAUCAAAGGAAAUGUUGUUAAUGUUCCAGUAGAUAUACAACCAACUGUAAACUCUCUACCAAGACAGUUUAACAAUGACAUAACAGUGCCAGUCCGAUUAAAGAGAAGACUAAGUUACAAAACUUGUGAUUUUGUAGAAAAUGUCAGACCAAAGCAUGUAAUCAUUGCAUUACACUGGUUAAUGAGAAAUAGCCAAAUGUACAAAGAUGCAAAGAUUCAUGUAGAUGAAGAAUGGGAAGCUAGAAUAACUGCAGAUAGCAGUGAAAUAAUUUCAGAAUAUUUUAACACAAGUACAUCAGAGUGUAUUGAAGGAAGGAAUACAAACGUUGGUGUUACAUCAGAUGAGAAAGAAGAGAGUGCAUUUGAAGAAAUUGAUGAAAGAGAAGGACAUUCUGGCAGUUGCGACACAUUACUGGAUGAUGCAAAUCCUGUUCAAGAUCAGGUAUAUACAUUUGCUCCAGGAGAAGGACAAACACCUCUGAGUUUGUACACCGAUAAGGAUGCAGAAUUCUUGUCUUUUCCAACUAUUUACUGUGGUCAGAGAAUGGCAUCAAAUGAUGACCGUGAGGUUAAAGUUCAUUACAGUGAUCUUGUGAAAUGGGAACUAAGAAACAUUGACAGACGUGCAGCAAACAGUGUGCCAAAUUUAUUUUUCAAAAUGAAGAAAAUUCAGAUGAAGCAGAUAUCGGACAAAGUCAAUCUUGUAUUAAGAAGAUGUAAGGGCACAGAGAAGAAAUUAACAGCUGGUGAUGUUCUUAAUCAAGAAGUUCUUGACAAGAUCACAAGAUUAGAUGAGGGAUAUUACAUUUUUAGAACUUUGCGUAACAGUCCUCCGUAUCUAGAGGCAAAGAAGAAGGAGUUGUUUGCCAUGAUUAGACAACUGGGUUUACCAACUUGGUUUGCAUCUUUAUCAGCAGCAGAUACAAGAUGGUCUGAGUUACUCAAAACUCUUGCUCAACUCAAUCUCAAGAAAUCACUAACUGAUGAAGAAGUAGACAAGUUGACAUGGGCUGAGAAAACUGACUUGGUGCAAAAAGAUCCUGUGACAUGUGUUCGCUUUUUUGAUCACAGAGUACAUGUGUUUAUCAAUACAGUUUUGAAGAGUGAGGAUCAACCUGUUGGGGAACUGAUAGACUUUUUUUAUCGUGUUGAAUUUCAGCACAGAGGAUCACCUCACAUUCAUAUGCUCAUGUGGAUAAAAGAUGCUCCAAAAUUUAAGGAAGAUCCAGUUACUGACAUUGCAAAAUUUAUAGAUCAGUAUGUAUCAUGCUCUGUAAAUUGUGAUGAUGAAGUUGAACCAUUUGUAGAAUUACAAAUUCACAAACAUUCCAGAACUUGCAGGAAAAAAGGAAAAGACAUUUGUCGAUUUGGAUUUCCUCAGCCUCCUAUGGAUUCAACUUUGAUCUUGGAACCUUUAUCAGCAGAUGAUUCAGAUGCAUUGACAUACAAAGAAAUUUUCACAAAGGUGAAGAAAGAAUUAGCAGAUAUGAAAGAAGGGAAAAACAUUUCUUUCAGUGAAUUUUUACAAUCACUGAACCUGGAGAAAGAAGAUUACAUAAAGUCAAUUAGAAGUUCCCUUGAUGGACCACAACUUUUUUUGAAGAGAACUCCUUCUGAAAUAAGAGUAAACCCUUACAUGAAAAAUGUUUUGACAGCAUGGCGAGCAAAUCAUGAUUUGCAGUUUGUCCUAGACCCAUAUGCAUGUGCUAUGUACAUUGUGUCCUACAUUAGCAAGUCUCAACGUGGAAUGAGUAAUCUGCUUGAUCAAGCAUGUAAGGAAGCAAGAGAAGGAAAUAUGGAUUUGAAAAAACAGGUUCGACACAUGGGAAACAAGUUCUUGAAUGCAGUUGAGAUAAGUGCACAAGAAGCUGCUUACUUGAGUUUACAAUUGCCUUUAACAAAAAGUUCAAGAGAUGUUGUAUUUAUAAAUACUUCACCACCAGAAGAAAGAACGCUUCUAUUGAAAUGUAAGUCUGCUUUAGAAGAAUUGCCAGAGAAUUCCACAGACAUUCAUGCAAGCAGUCUGAUCAAGCGUUAUUCUCAAAGACCAAGACAACUUGAAAACUGGUGUUUAGCAGACUAUGCUGCAGAAAUAGAAAUUGUAUAUCCUAAAGAUUUCAAAGAAAAUGAGCUCCUAGAGCAAAAUGAUGAUUCUGAAGAUGAAAAAGAAUUAAGAGACUUGGAAGAAGAAGAGAACAAUUUAGAGCUGAUUAGGAUAGUUUUGAAAAAUGGCAUCAUUAUAAGGCAAAGGAGGAAGGCCAAGUGCAUUCGUUAUGUCAAUUACUCCAUCAAAGUUGAUUCUGAAAAUCAUUAUAGAGAAAAGAUUUUACUUUUCCAUCCAUGGAGAAAGGAAGAUGUGGACAUUAAAGGAGACAAAUCAACUUAUGAAGAAAAGUACAACCAACUGAAGAGUUUUAUAGGUGCUAAAUUAAAGAAGUAUGAACACAAUGCAGAAGAGCUGGAAGAGGCACAGAGGCAGGCUGAAGAGGUUGAUGUACAAUUUGAUAGAGUUGCACCUAGUGCAGAGCAAACUGAACAAGAGGACUUCGAUGAAGGGAGUAGGGAAAGUGAGGCAUUUGUGUAUUUUGACCCAAAGCGUCCAGAAAAUCACCAGAACUAUGACAUUGGAAUAGAUCUUGGAUUACCAAGUAGUUCUACUAAUGAUGAUCAAACUCUUCAGUACAAAAUGACGAAUGAGAUGUAUUUCCAACUAGUUAGCAAGUUAAACAAAAAGCAAAUGGAGUUUUUUACUCAUGUGCUUCAUUGGAUUAAAACCAAAAAAGAACCACUUAGAGUUUUCCUAACUGGUGGUGCAGGAGUUGGAAAGUCUGUUGUUGUAAGGACUUUGUAUGAAGCACUCACAAGACACUAUUGCUCUACUGAAGGGGAAAAUCCAGAUGACUGCAAGGUUCUACUUUGUGCUCCAACCGGAAAAGCUGCAUUUAAUAUUAAGGGACAGACAAUACAUUCAGCAUUCAAAAUUCCAGCAAGUCAGGGAUUUAACUGCAAGCCCCUUGAUAGUGAAUCUUUGAACAGCCUUAGAACAAAGUACAAAUAUUUGUCAACGGUCAUCAUUGAUGAGGUUUCAAUGGUUGGAAAUUCACAAUUAAAUUGUGUACAUGAGCGUUUGAAGCAGAUAAAAGGCAGUAAGGAAUAUUUUGGAGGUAUCAAUGUCAUUUUGAUUGGGGAUCUUUUCCAGUUAAAGCCAGUGAUGGAUGGAUGGGUUUUUGAUGACUUGAAGAAAAACUUUGGACCAUUGGCAACAAACUUGUGGCGAGAAUUGUUCACAAUGCAUGAACUAACGGAAAUAAUGAGACAGAAAGAUGAUAUUCAUUUUGCUGAGUUACUCAACCGCUUACGAGAAGGAAAUCAAACUGAAGCUGAUAUAAAAACACUGAAACAGCGCUGUGUAGAUGAGUCACAACCAGUAUAUCCCAGAGAUGCUCUCCGAUUGUAUACAAGAAAUGAAAGUGUGAAUGCCUACAAUAACCAAGUGUUUCUGUUAGCUGAUGGUGAAAAGGUCAAUAUACCAGCUUAUGAUUCAGUUGUAGGUAGGGAAAAUUUAAUACAACACUUAAAUUUGCCAGAUGACUCCUCGAAAACAGCUGGAUUGGCUAAAAAUGUUCCCAUAGCACUUGGUCUCCAGUAUGAAAUCACUGCAAAUUUAUGUGUUGAGGAUGGGCUCACAAAUGGUACAUCAUGUAAGGUAGAGUACAUUGAGAGGAGACAAGAAAGCACUGAGAGGCCAAGUAUAAUAUGGGUUUCUUUUAAUGACACAAAUACUGGAAAAUCAUGGAGAUAUCAGUAUAGACAUCUAUUUGGGCAUGAAGUUGAUAAGUCUUGGACACCAAUAUUUGAUGUGAGAAGGAGCUUUCAGUACCUGAGACACACUGUUGUACGAAUACAAUUUCCGUUGCGACUUUCUGCAGCCAAAACUAUACACAAAUCUCAGGGGGACACAAUGGAUCAAGCUGUUAUCAAUCUUGAUAUGAAUCCAAAAUUUACAUUGCCACACAUUCACUAUGUUGCUCUAAGCAGGAAUGUGAGAUCACUGCAUGCUCAUUUUGCAAGUUUCAAAAAUGAGCCAAAUCUUCAACAGUCUCAUAUCAUAGGAGUGGCUGAAACUUGGUUGACAGCAUCAGAUGAAAAUGAAGAUUAUGAAUUGGAGAAUUACAGCAUGUUCAGUUGCGCAUGGGUGACCCCCAAGAGACUCAGCAGGCAGCAGCACCAUGGACAGAGAGCUUGGAACAGACUGAAGAGACACUCUUGCUGUCUCCUGUGGAGGACUCUGAAAGCUGUCAUGGACUACCAGCCUUACGACCAGGAGAGUUUUGAGGUAGACGAAUUCUUUUAUUCGAUCAGACCUGUUCGUCCCUAUCAUCCAGACAAUAAGCCACGCAGGCAUGUCCGGUUUAGCAAGAAAGGGAAAGUGAAGAGAUCUGAUAUCCUAGACGUCAAAAUUCCUGUGUUUAGUGACCGAGAUGUCUCGUCGGAGUUGGUCGCGGAGGAGGAAGUUGUGGACGAUUCCUACCCUGAGGAGUCAAUGACAGAUUCCCAUGUCGAAUCAGCUCUGGUUGCAAUUCCAAUCCGGCAAUAUACGCCUGAGGGUGAAUUUGUGCCAUUCGACGGCGACGGAAACUUGGACACGAAGACCAGGAAUCCUGAUCUGACUUGUCUGCUUCAGACGGGCAUCUCAGAUGCGACAUCUCUUAUGGGGGACAUAUCGCAACCAGGCAGAAAUCCAGAUCUGACUUGUCCGCUUCAGACGGGCAUCUCGGAUUCGACAUCUCCUCUUCGGGGGGACAUAUCGCAACCAGGUAACGAUGUUCACAUGGAUCACCCUGUCGAGGUACAGGCAGAGGUUCAUUCGGUUGAUGUUGGUUCGGUGGCCCAAGCAAAGCCCCUGGAAGACCGGGGAGUCUCCAAAUCGGAAAAGAACCGGGCCGGGGGCAGCGCUAAGUCGGUCCUGUCCAAUGUUCAGCCAGAACUGAAGCCCAAGGCCAAGUAUGGGUUUAGCGAAUCGGAGUACGAUAACUCCGAUCUAGACUCCGAUUACCGUCCAGAUAGCGGCGAUAACGGUAGUUCUGGAGAAGACAGCGAGUCGGGAUCAGGGGACGAAAGCGUCAGUGUAGGUGACGACGCUGACACCGGUGAUGGUGUUCAGGCAUCGAAUCUAGAUGCUUGUGCCUUAAAAGGAGCCGCGGGUGUAAAUCGAUCCUAUGCCCGUCGGCAGCGGGGAGGGCUCGCCAUGCGGGGAAGGACCCGAGCCCGCAUGCAGGUCUCCAAAGAUGGAAAAAAAGAAUAG